CACUGUUGCGCAGUUUAAUCUAAUCUAAAGUUCAAGGCACCAUAGACAGGUUGGGUUUGUAUCACCGGACUCUGUCAUUCACAUCUACAGUUGCUGGCUGCUGUUUGUCUGCACAGAGGCCUUUUACACUCAAAGUAAGAUCAGAAAACAUGGGAGAGUGGGGUUUUCUGUCCUCUCUGUUGGACAAGGUCCAGUCACACUCCACCGUCAUCGGGAAGGUCUGGCUCAGUGUGCUUUUUAUCUUCAGGAUCAUGAUCCUUGGAGCUGGAGCAGAGAAGGUGUGGGGUGAUGAACAGUCGCGUAUGAUAUGUAACACCAAACAGCCUGGUUGCAAGAACGUCUGCUAUGACCACGCCUUCCCGAUCUCACACAUUCGAUUCUGGGUCCUCCAGAUCAUCUUUGUGUCAACACCAACACUCAUCUACCUAGGUCAUGUCCUCCACGUUAUCCACAAAGAAAAUAAGCUAAGAGAGUAUUUGAAGAACAACCCUAGGAGUGAUAUCGUCAAAACUCCCAAGUACUCUGAUGAAAAAGGCCACGUCCAGAUAAAAGGCAACCUGCUGGGAAACUACAUGGUGUCCAUUUUCUUCAGGAUCCUUCUUGAGGUCGCGUUCAUUGUGGGGCAGUAUUAUCUCUACGGGUUUGUCAUGGAUCCAAGAAUUGUCUGCUCCCGAGCCCCCUGUCCCUUCACCGUAGAGUGCUUCAUGUCUCGACCCACAGAGAAGACCAUCUUCAUCCUCUUUAUGCUCGUUGUGUCCUGCAUCUCUCUUGUGCUAAACAUAGCAGAGAUCUUCUACCUGGCAUGUUCUCGCUCACAGAGGCGAAAAAGGUCUAAAACUGUGCCAGCUGCUGCUAUUGCCAUUCACCCUCGUUUAAAUGGUGAAAGUCCGAUAAAAAGUGAGAAGCUUGGCCUCCACGAUGCCAGUCACAGCACAGCCUGAAGAACGCCAUUUAGAUCCAGAGUGCAAAAAACAGUUGCAAAGUUACCAAGAAAACCAGAGGGCAAAUAAAAAUGUGACUGAAAUGACAUAGCCCACAAAUGUAAAAGAGUUAUUUAUUUUUGUGAUGCUCAAAAAUUCCUUAAAUUAAGUAUAUUUGCACAUGUAGACUAUUUAUGAAUAGUCACAAGUAUUCAAAUAUUUAAAAAUGCACAUGAAUAAUACAAUAUAUGGUUUUGUAUCACUGAGACAAACUUUUAAAAAUUUGUGCAAAAAGUGAGCUAUCUUGUUUACUGCUUUUGCCUUGGCUGAAAGCCAUCCUAUUGUGCUACUAGCUUGUUUGCUCUAAAGAAAUGUGUAAGGGCUGGUAGUUCUACAUUGCUUUUUACUUUCUUACACCGUCAAAUUUGCUGGCAUGACUUUUUUGUCCUGUAAAUAUUUUAAUUACAAAUCAUUGGGGUUUUUUAUGUUUUGUAUUUUAAUACGAUGCUAUUUGCCUUGUGUUAGCGAGUGAUUUUACAAAAAGGGAUUAAUAAAAAGAGUUUGAAGUUUA